AUGGCGUGCCCUUCGUCCAAAACUAGCCUAGUGCAGGCCAACCUCCACCACAGCGAAACUGCGUCGGCUCAAUUACGCAAGUGGUUGGAGGUUCAAAGGACUGCCAUAGCCUUAAUCCAGGAGCCAUGGGUUGGGGCUGGUAAAAUUAAAGGCCUAAACAACCUAAAAGGUAAGUUAUUCUACAGCUCUGAACACGACAAGCCUAGAGCGUGUAUUUACACUACUAAAGAUAUCUGUGCACAACCUUUAACAGAUUUCUGUUCUAGAGACAUGUAUGCCGUAGCAAUACAGUACACACAGGAGAGUAGAUUAGUCGUCGCCUCGGUCUACAUGCCGGAGGAAGACACUCCUCCCCCUCAUGACCUCAGCAGGCUGGUAAACUUCUGCGAGAGGACCGGACUAGAGGUUGUGAUCGGGACGGACUCCAACGCACAUCAUCCCCUUUGGGGAAUGGAAAAACCAAAUGAACGAGAAAUCACUCCACCAAGACAUGCCGAGGUAAAACAACCGUGGUGGGGUAAAGAACUCGAUAGAAAACGUAAGAAGGUAAGAAAAGCUCUAAAUAGGGCCAUGAAUACCUCAAUGGAUGAAGACUGGCUAUUAUAUAAGAAAGCUAAGUCUGAAUACAAAAAAUGUAUCAGGUAUCGACGCUCGAUUGGGUGGCGUAAAUUCUGUGGCAACAUAGAAACCUGCAAACAGGCAAAUAGGAUUAGGAAUAUUCUAGCUAAACAGAACACGUCGGGAUCCAUGUCUCUAAAGAAACCCGACGGUAGCUACUCAACAUCGCCGGAUGAAGCCCAACGCAUCCUAAUUGAAACGCACUUCCCAGGUUGCUGCGUAACCCAGGAGGCAAACCGGCAUGACGACAUACUGACAUCAACAGCAGAAGACUGGAAUUUAGCACAGAGAGUGGUAACGAUGGACAAAAUCCAUUGGGCCAUUCACAGUUUCCUCCCCUAUAAGGCGGCAGGACCCGACGGCAUAUUCCCGGCACUCCUACAGUGGGGGGGUAAAGCCCUAAUAGUCAGACUUGCUGCCAUAAUGCGAGCCUGUCUUGCUCUUAAAUAUGUUCCUAGGGGAUGGAGGGAAGUGAAAGUUACAUUCAUACCCAAACCAGGUAAGAGCGACUACACUGACCCUAAAUCCUACAGGCCCAUUAGCCUCACAUCCUUUCUCCUAAAGACGAUGGAGAGGAUGUGUGAAAGGGAAUUAAGGGGGUCGGCGCUAAUGAACUUACCACUACACGACAAGCAACACGCCUACAGUCUAGGCAAAUCAACAGAAUCGGCCCUUCAUAAGGUAAUUACAAAGAUUGAAGAAGCCAUCCAAAACAAAGAAAUAUGUCUAGGUUCCUUCAUAGAUAUAGAAGGUGCUUUUGACCGAACGAACUUCUCCAGCAUAAAAGGUGCACUCGGUAGACACAAAGUUGAACCGGCACUGAUCGACUGGAUAGUUUACAUGCUCAGUACACGAAUAAUAAAGAUUGCUGGUGAAUCUCAACCAAUCCAAAUUAAGAAAGGCUGCCCGCAGGGUGGGGUUCUCUCACCUCUCCUGUGGAAUAUGGUCAUUAAUGAACUCAUCAGCAAAUUAAAUGACAAUCACUUCUAUACAGUAGGUUAUGCUGAUGACCUGACAAUACUGGUCUCUGGAAAGACAGCAAGCAUAGUGUGCGACCUGACCCAAGCGGCUCUCCUUAUAGUGAAACAUGAUUGGCAAAGAUGGGGUCUGACGCCAAAAAUCAUACUGUGGCUGUACAAAACUGUAAUUCGGCCCAUGGUCACAUACGGCGCUCUGGUAUGGUGGACCAAGACAAAUGAAGCCACCAUAAUUAAAAAGCUUCAGCGCUACCAGAGACUGGCAUGUAUGGCUGCCACAGGCUGCAUGAGAACUACGCCAACAGCAGCCUUAGAAGCGAUGCUGGAGCUAACUCCGCUUCAUCUACAUAUACAACAAGAAGCGACUUUAGCUGCCAUCAGACUCAAGACCCUAAAUCUUUGGAGUAAGAAUAGUGUCCCUCAUACAGGCAUAAUUGAUAGAAUUCACUCAAAAAUUCCUAUCCUACAAGCCAAAUACGAUAGGAUUCCUAAACAAUUUGUUUUCGAUAAGAAAUACAAGAUACAGUUAAAUGAAAACAGCCAGCCGGAAGGAUUAAGCCCAAAAGAGCUUAGAAUUUUCACCGAUGGUUCUAAAACAAAUGAAGGUGUAGGUUCUGGAGCUUUCUCUGAAGACCUCAAUAUUCACAUAUGCACACCGCUGGGUACCUAUAACACGGUCUUUCAGGCGGAAUGUAUGGGUAUCAUUCAAGCGGCCAUAGCAAUAGAUGCUAGGAAGGUUAAUGACUUCCCCAUCAGAAUACUGACCGACAGUAGGGCGGUACUCCAAGCCCUGAGAUGCAAUGUGGUGAACUCGGGACUAAUAUAUGAAUGCCAUCAACGAUUAAAUGAGGUAUGUAAAAACAACAAUGUGACCCUGCAAUGGAUAAAGGGACACAGUGGAUCCAGAGGCAACGAUGCAGCAGACGAACUGGCUAGAAGAGGAUCGGCUUUGGCCACUAUAGGGCCGGAACCAAUCAUACCAAUCCCCUUUGGUAACGUUUGUUCACUGGUACGUAGACACUUCACUAAUCAACACGCUCAGCUUUGGAAAAAUCUAGUAGACUGUAGACAAGCUAGGGAUGCCCUGCCUGAAAUUAACAGUCGCUUAACAAAAGUUUUAAUGAGACUGAACAAGCCGCAGAUUAGGAUAGUAACAAGUGCUAUCACAGGACACGGCACCUUUAACAAACAUUUAUUUACUAUAGGUGUUACAGAUAGUCCCCUGUGCAGGGCAUGUAUGGGGGAGGAAGAAACGGCGGCCCACGUGCUACUGAAAUGUCCGGAGGUCGCUACAUACAGGGCUAAACAUCUCGGCACGCCGGGAUCACUCCCCGAAGUUGCAUGCAACAUCAAGGGCCUGUUGAGCUUCUUCGGAGAGAUCUCAUGGCUCGAAUAA